CAAGUUAAAACAAAUAAUCGGAUACAAAGAAUCAUCCACAAUCAAGCGUCUCACUGCUCAACGUGUCCUUUUCAGGACAGUCGCUAACAACGCGCCUUCUACAAACGGGACAAUACGUGCCACAUUUAAUUGCAAUAUCUGCUAUAGUUUACCCGUCAUUUUUUUUAUCAUCUCCUCGGUAAUUGAUCGAUUUCGCGUCUAUAAAAUAAUUCACCCUUGGAGCCAAUAAAAUCAUCAACGAUCCGAAAAACUUUUGCAAGCUUUCUGUAAGUAGAAACUCGAUCGAUAAAACGAUUAAAUUAUAAUAUACAACAGACAGAUCGAACAAAACGGAGCAUUGUCGCCGUAUGCAUAACUUCACACAAUCGAAUUACCACAGAAAAAUUACCCCCCCCGUUUUCUACAAAUCAAGACUUGAAAUUACGCUUAUCACUCUAUCUAAUACCGAUGAUCGAUUAGUCACGGGAGGGCAAUCACGCGCACGAGGGAUCCUCUCGCUUCGCUCGAGAGGGCAAGUGUACGCGUGUGCGAGCUUGCGUAUGUGUGGGAGCUUGUACGUGUGAUAAAGCGGCAAGCGUGGAGGGAAGCUCCAUCGGACAUGCGCCAGGCUUUCUCUCCCUUCAGGUACUAUGAGCGGUGGUGUCUACGGCGGUGACGAGGUAGGUGCUAUCAUCUUCGACGUCGGACAUCAGAGCCUUCGCGUGGGAUAUGGCGGCGAGGACACGCCGAAGGCCGAAAUCCCGACGGUCCUCGGGGUGUGGGAGGACCCGGCCGAACCCGGCGUCGACGGCAACAACAUCGCCAGGAAGCACUACAACAUGGACGUCACGGCCAUCCAAGUGCGAAAGAAGGAUAUGGAGAUAGUGAGCCUGAUGAAGGACGGCAUGAUCGAGGAUUGGGACAUGUUCGAGCGGCUGACUGAGUAUACUUACCAGCAACGCUUGCACGCCCUAGCCGAGCACCAUCCGAUCCUAAUGACCGAGUGCCCCUGGAACACCAGACUGAAGCGGGAAAAGUUGCUGGAGCUGAUGUUCGAGAAGUUCAACGUACCGGCCAUGUACAUCUGCAAGAACGCCGUGUUGGCGGCUUACGCUAACGGCAGGUCCACGGCGAUGGUCGUGGACAGCGGCGCCACGCACACCAGCGCGGUGCCGGUUCACGACGGUUACGUUAUCACUCAGGGAAUCGUCAAGAGCCCCUUGGGAGGCGACUUCAUCACUAUGCAGUGCAGACAGUUCUUCGAGGAGAAGGAUAUCGAAUUGGUGCCGGCUUGUCUGAUCGCUAGCAAGGACGUGGUGCGCGAGAGAGACCCUCCACGUUGGUCGAAACGACCUGGUCCUCAACCAACGUCUUCCUGGAUGAGCUACAUGGUGAGAGAAGUGCUGCAGGAUUUUCAAAUGAACUGCCUGCAAGUGUCGGAUAGUCCCUACGACGAAGACGUGGCGAACACUUUGCCCAUGAAGCACUUCGAAUUCCCGACCGGCUACAACGACGACUUUGGAUCCGUCAGGCUCAUGAUACCCGAAGCUCUUUUCGACCCCAGCAACGUCAAAGGUGUGGGUGCGAGUAUCUUGGGGGUUGGUCCUCUGGUCACCACGAGUGUCGGGAUGUGCGAUAUGGACAUCAGACCAAGUUUAUAUGGCAGCGUAGUGGUGACCGGUGGCAAUUCCUGCCUUCAGGGAUUCAGCGAGCGCUUGAAUCGAGACCUCGCCAGCAAAACGCCGCCGAGUAUGAGACUGAAAAUAAUUAGCGCGAACAGCUCGAGCGAGCGUCGCUACGGUGCUUGGAUCGGCGGCUCCAUUCUCAGCUCCUUGGGCUCGUUCCAGCAAAUGUGGCUGUCGCGGCAGGAGUACGAGGAGUCCGGCAAGAUAAUUUUAGAGAGAUGCGCAUAAUCCGCCUACGUGACGAGAGGUAUUCGUUAAUCGUGGUGCUAGAGAACCAGUUCUUUUUCGAGGUGGAUUGGAUCACUUAACUUUUUUAAGGUAUUUUUAACGAACAAACGGCGCGAUCGUUCUGGCAACGGGAAGAGCGAGAAAAGCUUCCAAAAGACGUUUGAAUGAAAAUUACACGACAAAUUGAGAGAUCUUUUGUAUCUCUGCGUAACGUCUUGCGAGGAGGACUUUGGUCUUGUGAAUAAUUUUAUUAGCUUUUCCUAUGCCAGAAUUCGAAUCUUUCGUCGGUUCGUAACCGUGCAAAGAGUGACUGUAACGCCACGACUGAUAAUGACAACGACGGCGAUGUAAAACAUCCUCCCGUUCUCGCGAGCAACCAUUAUCAAACGCAUUCGGAAGCGCCUGAGAGUUUAAGGAGAGUGAAAGGCAGACGUUAUAUAAAACGUUAAUAUAAGAUAAAUUUGAAGAUACUUUCACGCGGUCUUUGGACGGUAAUUUUUCACGACGAAAACUCGCACGGGGCGUUUCCGAUCAAUCUAUCGCACUUGCGGUUAACGUAAGGAGGCGCGAUUGAUCGGAAGCAUCUUACGUAACCCAUAAAAUCAACCGGAUGGAACGUUCAACGAGAGUAACGUUUCAAUCUCGCUUAGACGCUAGUGUUCGAUAGGCAUAUAAAUAUAACACACGAGGCUUCUAAAGAUACAGUUCCUAACUACUUCAAGAAUCUUCCACGUACCGUAUCUUACGAGAGGAAAGCCACUUCCCGUUAAAGUCGUUCCGCAAGCGAAAGCUGGUACAAUGUAGACUAGAUCAUACGUAGCGAAUUGCAUUAGAUAUUUAUUUCACUGUAAGCAAAAUACUCGCUUUACAUUGAGACAAUAGUAAUAUCCGUUAUAUCACGGCUAUUCUCACUCUAAGUUAUCCUCAAGAAGCGACAUUAUCGUAACGUAGUAAA